CGCACGGGAAAUUUUUGGGGCAGCCGAUAAUAGAAUGUGAAAAAUAGUAUCAAUUCAAUAAAUUAUUCUGAAAUUGUUAGAAAUUUUAUUUUAAACCCUCGCGGUAUAUUACGCGUUGGAAUUCUGUGCGAAUAUGUCCGUAAAAUGUGAGAAAAGACGUGAACGUUUUAUGAAAAUGGUGUCUAAUUAGUGUUGAUUUGUGCGGGUACGGUACGGGUGUGCAGCGGAGUUGUGUGGAGGAGUGCGGCGAUCUGCAACACAUUCGGCAAUGGACAAAGAAAAUUGUUUGGAAUUGUGAAAAUGUAAAGAAACCAUAAUAUAUAUUGAAAACAUAGGCCUGCAAAAUUAAUUAAAGCCGCCAGGCGGGCGUUGUUUGCGUAUGGCCACAAGCUGCGUUACGAUCAAUUGUGCUUAAAAAUAGAAUUGAAGCACAUCUGUGGGUAUGGGUAUGUGUGUGUGUGGAUAUAAAAAAGGAAAAUAAAAAAGAAGACUGAAAGAAAGUGGAAGAAUUUUUCACAACGGCUUGCGAGGGAGGACCUGGAAAUCAUAUACGGACCACAAAUUAUCCAAGAAAACAUUAAAAAAAGAAAGUACCAAAAUUAGUACAAAAAUUUGUCGGAGCUCUUAAUGGACUGUCUCUAACAGAGGACUCCACCCUAUAGUACACCCUUGGCUCCUGCCACUUCAUAUCAUUUUCAUCACUUCGCUACUGUACACAUACGCAGGCGGCUUCAAGUCGUUCUGUAUCGCGUUGCGUUAAGUACGCGUUUUGCAUCGAUAAAACGAGACUUUCAUUAUAAAUCAACGUAGAAGAAAAGUGAAGUUAAGAAUAUCGGCAAAUUGGUUUGCAGUUGCUUUCUGUUGCCUCAUUUCUUCGUACACGAAUUUUUUCUAGUUUUAUUUUAUCUUUAUAUUUUUCCGACUGGACUGGUUGGCGGCUAAGUGUCCGCCUAAAUAUAGCCGUCAAUUUGUGGUCGUCAUCUGGAUUUGCCUUCUGUGACGGCGACAGCCCGAACGCCGGCAAAGUGGAUGCCCGGGGCAACCUGGGUGUGCCCCAGGACUACGCAGGCAUGGUGGGCUUAGCGGGUGGAGGUGGUCCCGGUGGUGCUGCAGGUCAUCUGUAUGGACCAGUGCCGCCACAAGACACAUUAAUAGUGCGCGACAUGGUGCAAAUGCCACCGCCUCCAUCAAAUGCACCGACAUCAGCAGAUGCGUGCUUGAGCAUUGUUCAUUCACUCAUGUGCCAUCGACAAGGUGGCGAGAGUGAAGGCUUUGCAAAACGUGCUAUUGAAUCGCUGGUGAAAAAAUUAAAAGAAAAGCGUGAUGAAUUGGAUUCGCUGAUAACGGCCAUCACCACGAACGGUGCACAUCCCAGCAAAUGUGUCACUAUUCAACGAACAUUAGACGGCCGUUUGCAGGUUGCUGGUCGUAAGGGCUUUCCACAUGUCAUAUACGCACGCAUUUGGCGUUGGCCAGAUCUGCACAAAAACGAACUAAAGCACGUUAAAUAUUGUGCAUUCGCUUUCGAUCUCAAAUGCGAUUCAGUUUGCGUCAAUCCGUAUCAUUAUGAGCGGGUCGUUUCACCAGGCAUCGAUUUGUCCGGUUUGAGCCUGCAGUCCGGGCCAAGUCGUUUGGUGAAAGAUGAAUAUUCGGCUGGUCCGUUAGUCGGUGGCAUGGAUAUUGAUGGUAAUGACAUCGGUACUAUACAACACCAUCCAUCUUGCCGAUUCAAAUCAUGCAAUGAAUGCUAUGUUCGUUGCGGGUCGCACAAUACCAAAAAUUGAACCAGGCGAUGGUAGCGGUAUGCCCCGAGGUGCCUGGAUGGCGCCACCACCACCACGGUUGGGUCAACCCCAGCAACUGUCGCAAACACAACCACAACCAUCGCAACAGCAAACCCAGCAAGCACAACAAUCGCAGCAACAGCGUGUGACUCAAGUUUCCCAACAUCCGCUUUCUGUUGCACAUGGAAUGCCUUUGGCUGGACCAAUGAACCCCGGCGGCCCAGUUAUGGGCCCACCUCCCCCGCCUCAACUACAGAAUACACAAGGCAACGGUCCGAAUGGUAACAUUUUAGCUGGUGCUGGUCAUCAUUCUCAAGCCAACUCACCUACAGACGCGUUGCAGCAGGUGCAGAACGCUAGUGGUGGUGGAAGUGGCGGCGUCGGUGUAAAUGCUGGCGGCGCAGCAAAUACGACUGCGUCAAACCAAGGCACAUACUACGGACCACCAACCACAUCACAGAUGCCCAACGUGGCAGAGGCCAAGUUUAAUGCUGCAUUAAAUAGCGCUGGACCAGGCGGUGGCGUACAACAGCCUCAUUCACCACAUUUACAACAAAACGGUUACGUAACGGGCGGUGGUGCGCCAGCAAACUACGUUCAACAAGUAUCUGGUGCUAGUGGUGCUGGUGGUAGUGGUGCACAGUCAGCUUCGCAAGCCAAUGCCGGUGGCCAAGUUGUAUCCGGUGGUACAGUAGGUGCCGGCGGCACAUGGACUGGGUCAAGUACGCUCACCUACACACAGUCAAUGCAGCCGCCAGAUCCACGCGCACAUCCCACAGGUUAUUGGAAUGCACCGUUAAGUGGAGAUAUGAGUGGUAAUCAACAACAACAGCAACAACCCCGUAUGCUGUCUCGCCAACCAGCCCCAGAAUAUUGGUGUUCAAUUGCUUACUUUGAGUUGGAUACGCAGGUUGGCGAAACGUUCAAGGUACCAUCAGCCAAGCCAAAUGUUAUUAUCGACGGUUAUGUUGACCCUUCUGGCGGUAAUCGCUUCUGUCUUGGUGCACUCAGUAACGUACACCGUACAGAGCAAUCGGAGCGCGCAAGGCUUCAUAUUGGUAAAGGCGUUCAACUUGAUCUACGAGGUGAGGGUGACGUUUGGUUACGCUGUCUCAGCGAUAAUUCGGUAUUCGUACAAAGUUACUAUCUCGAUCGUGAGGCUGGCCGUACUCCAGGCGAUGCUGUGCAUAAAAUUUAUCCAGUUGCCUGCAUUAAGGUUUUUGAUUUGCGUCAGUGCCAUCAACAGAUGCAUUCGUUAGCGACAAAUGCACAAGCAGCGGCUGCCGCACAAGCAGCUGCCGUCGCGGGACUGCCUAGCUCACAAAUAGGCGGUGCGCCACGAAAUAUUACUGCAGCCGCAGGAAUCGGAGUUGAUGAUUUGCGCCGCUUGUGUAUUUUACGCUUAAGUUUUGUCAAAGGCUGGGGACCUGAUUAUCCAAGACAAUCGAUCAAGGAGACACCUUGUUGGAUAGAGGUGCAUCUUCAUCGCGCCUUACAGCUAUUGGAUGAAGUGUUGCAUGCAAUGCCCAUCGAUGGGCCGCGUGCGAUGAUUACAGCUGUUGCACAUGGAAUGCCUUUGGCUGGACCAAUGAACCCCGGCGGCCCAGUUAUGGGCCCACCUCCCCCGCCUCAACUACAGAAUACACAAGGCAACGGUCCGAAUGGUAACAUUUUAGCUGGUGCUGGUCAUCAUUCUCAAGCCAACUCACCUACAGACGCGUUGCAGCAGGUGCAGAACGCUAGUGGUGGUGGAAGUGGCGGCGUCGGUGUAAAUGCUGGCGGCGCAGCAAAUACGACUGCGUCAAACCAAGGCACAUACUACGGACCACCAACCACAUCACAGAUGCCCAACGUGGCAGAGGCCAAGUUUAAUGCUGCAUUAAAUAGCGCUGGACCAGGCGGUGGCGUACAACAGCCUCAUUCACCACAUUUACAACAAAACGGUUACGUAACGGGCGGUGGUGCGCCAGCAAACUACGUUCAACAAGUAUCUGGUGCUAGUGGUGCUGGUGGUAGUGGUGCACAGUCAGCUUCGCAAACCAAUGCCGGUGGCCAAGUUGUAUCCGGUGGUACAGUAGGUGCCGGCGGCACAUGGACUGGAUCAAGUACGCUCACCUACACACAGUCAAUGCAGCCGCCAGAUCCACGCGCACAUCCCACAGGUUAUUGGAAUGCACCGUUAAGUGGAGAUAUGAGUGGUAAUCAACAACAACAGCAACAACCCCGUAUGCUGUCUCGUCAACCAGCCCCAGAAUAUUGGUGUUCAAUUGCUUACUUUGAGUUGGAUACGCAGGUGGGCGAAACGUUCAAGGUACCAUCAGCCAAGCCAAAUGUUAUUAUCGACGGUUAUGUUGACCCUUCUGGCGGUAAUCGCUUUUGUCUUGGUGCACUCAGUAAUGUACACCGUACAGAGCAAUCGGAGCGCGCAAGGCUUCAUAUUGGUAAAGGAGUUCAACUUGAUCUACGAGGUGAGGGUGACGUUUGGUUACGCUGUCUCAGCGAUAAUUCGGUAUUCGUACAAAGUUACUAUCUCGAUCGUGAGGCUGGCCGUACUCCAGGCGAUGCUGUGCAUAAAAUUUAUCCAGUUGCCUGCAUUAAGGUUUUUGAUUUGCGUCAGUGCCAUCAACAGAUGCAUUCGUUAGCGACAAAUGCACAAGCAGCGGCUGCCGCACAAGCAGCUGCCGUCGCGGGACUGCCUAGCUCACAAAUAGGCGGUGCGCCACGAAAUAUUACUGCAGCCGCAGGAAUCGGAGUUGAUGAUUUGCGCCGCUUGUGUAUUUUACGCUUAAGUUUUGUUAAAGGCUGGGGACCUGAUUAUCCAAGACAAUCGAUCAAGGAGACACCUUGUUGGAUAGAGGUGCAUCUUCAUCGCGCCUUACAGCUAUUGGAUGAAGUGUUGCAUGCAAUGCCCAUCGAUGGGCCGCGUGCGAUGGCUUAAAAUCAGUUAUUCAUCAGCCAAAAUCCAAGAUUAAAAACAAAAAAAUUAAUACGUUCAAAAAAGUUCAGUAAAUAACUAAAGUUCAGCUCAAUUCUUGACUGUGAGUCAGAAAGUAAGGAGAGGAAAUUAUGGGCAACGGCCAUUUUGAAUCAUCACAUUUUCCUGUUUCUUAUUUUUUUAGUCUUACAAGUGAAUUUUCGAGUUGUAUUUAAGUUAGACGGAUAAAGCAAGAAAGGCGGCGGCGGUUUAUGUUUGUCUGUUUUGAAAGAUUAUAAUGAUGAUUACACGAAAAAAUUUUGCAAAGCCGUAGAAUCAUCAUAUUGGAAACUUAUGUCUUUAAUUUUAAUCUGUUUACUGUCAUGUACCCCUCUCAUUAAAAUGCAAUAACUAUUAAAAAGAAAAAUGCAAUCAAAAAUGCUAAAGCAGCAUAAACAUGUUCUAAAAAAAUAAAUUUAUAUUUUAUAAAAAAAAAAAUCUGGCAUGUAACUUUUAAACUGUGAAAUUACCGUUAAGAAAUCGUAAAAUUCGAGAUUGUACACAUUUUUAUUUUUUAUGAACUUCUCUUUGUCACCAUAGUGAAUGUUGAUGGCUUUGUUUUUAUAGUUUCGUCAAAGCAACCAUUUUUUGAGUGUUUCAAAUU